AUGACCAAUACCAACGACUCUAAAGGUGCGCUUAGACACCCCGAAAGCGCGAAGGACCCUCUGGGGCCCUCCCUCGGUGGCGACUCCCCGGUGCAGCCAGGCCGGGUCCCUCCCCCUCGGACGCCCCGCGCGGCGGCCGCCUCGCCACCCCGCCGCCGCCGCCGGCGCGCUAAGUCCCCGGGGUCUCUGCCCUGGGGCCGCCCUCCUCCGGCCGGCCCGCGGGCCACUAGCCUGGUCCGGCCGCCGCGCCGCUCGCCGGCUCAUUGCUGCCGGUUCCCCCCCGCAGUCCCCGGGCGUCCCGGCCCACUCGUCCCGGAGCCGGCUCGCGCCGCUACCUGCAGGGGCCGCCGCGCCUCUCAGCGCCCCGCCGCCGCCAUCUUGCAUUUCAAACCGGCUGCACUUUUCAGGGAGUCAACUCUGACCUGUGAACCCUACACCCGGAACCGCUCGGCGGGCCGGCACACGGCCUCGGCAGCUCGGCGGGGCCCGCGGAGCGUGGAGGGUCGGGGGUGGGGGUGCGAGGCGAGGCGCGCUCCCCAGCGGCCGACCGGGGGCGGGGAGGGAGGGAAGGAGCCGGCCGAGGCGGGGCCCUCCCGCGCGCGCGCCGUCCGCGCGCCCCCACCCCGCUCCGCGCCAGGCUCUCCACUCCCGGACCCCGCUGCUCCCUUGGGGUUCGACCCGGGCCUCUACCCUCUGGAUUGGCCCGCGACGAGGAGGCUACAGUCGAGUAACCAAGUGAAAAACAUGAGCAUAAAAACAUCAGUCAAUGUGAGGGGGGAGAAGAGAUCAUGAUGGAAUCCAAAAAGAAAUCCCUUUUAAGGGUAUGGACUGAUGAAUGUAAAUCUCACUCUCUCUCUGCCUCUUCCCUCUUCUUCACUUCCUUUUUUCCUUCUUUUCCUCCUCCUCUUCAUCUUCUUUAGCACCAGUUAAUAGAGUCACCUCCUUCUCACUGUAAGCUGUCUGCCUGGUUCACUGCCCAGUGCCAGCAGCCCAGAGUCCUCCCAGUUUAGGGCCAUGCCCACAGGGCAAUUCUGUCCAGGAAAACAACUUCAAGAGCACAGUGCUUAGAACAGUGUCCCUGGCUGAAUUGCUGCCAAUUAUUUGGUAUCCUUGUACAAAGCAAGACUGU